UGGUUUCAGGCUUUGAAGAAACCACUGUGUCCUUUUGCCACAAAACACCUUGCUCCUUAUCAAUUUGAAGUGCGGAUGGAGGAGAUGGUGGAAUUUUUUUCACACACACAAUCACCAUGUAAGGUGUCAAAUGGCUGGAGGGCUGCAAAUGUGAUGAAUCAGGACUGAAAAAUUGAGUAUUGCUGAAAAUGUCUUUCCAAGAAUUAACAUCUAGAGCGGUGCUUUUAUAUGAUGAAUGGAUCAAAGAUGCAGAUCCCAGAGUUGAAGACUGGCCAAUGAUGUCUUCACCCCUGCCGCAAACAAUAAUCAUUGGCGCUUAUAUCUACUUUGUCACAGUGUUUGGACCAAAAUUUAUGGAGAACAGAAAGCCUUUGAACUUGAAGCAAGUAAUGAUUGUAUACAAUUUUUCCAUGGUGAUCUUUUCAAUGUAUAUGUGUUAUGAAUUUCUUAUGUCUGGCUGGGCCACGGGAUACUCAUUUCGUUGUGACAUUGUGGAUUAUUCCAGGUCACCGCAAGCCCUCAGGAUGGCCUGGACCUGCUGGCUUUUUUACAUCUCCAAAUUAAUUGAAUUGCUGGACACUGUUUUCUUUGUGCUUCGAAAGAAGAGUGGUCAAGUGACAUUUCUUCACGUCUACCACCAUACGAUCAUGUCUUUCACUUGGUGGUUUGGAGUCAAAUUUGCUCCAGGUGGUCUAGGAACAUUUCAUGCUCUUGUAAAUUGCAUAGUGCAUAUUUUCAUGUAUUCAUAUUAUGGUUUAUCUGCACUGGGACAAAGUUACCAGAAGUAUUUAUGGUGGAAGAAGUACAUGACUGCAAUUCAAUUGAUCCAGUUUGUGGUCAUUACAGUUCAUAUCGGGCAGUUCUUCUUCUUGAAAAAUUGUCAGUACCAAUAUCCAGUCUUUCUCUAUAUAAUAUGGCUAUAUGGAGUUAGUUUCAUGAUAUUAUUUCUGAACUUCUGGUACUACGCAUAUACACGGGGUCAAAGAUUGCCAAAGAACACAAUGAACAAAUUGAAUAAAGAGAAGUAAAACCAUUAACUAGCAUGAAAUUACCUUGUACUUGGCUUAAAUUGAACACUUAUGACAAUGUAGAAAGAAAUAUGCUUUUAAAAGGAAAAAUGGAUAAUUUGCAUCUCUUUUUGUGAUUAUCAAAGUUGAUCCAUCUGAAUGCAUGCUACCAUGUAGCUGCAAAAUUUGUAAAAUAAAUCAAACCUCUUCAGAAUACAUAUCCUCUUACUAGCUAGCUGUUUUGUUAUGUUAGGCAUGGAUUUGUGUUGUAGAUAUCCAGCUUGUAAUACUUGUGUGCUUCCUUCAUCCUACCUGAUUGUGUUAAAUGAUGCAAAUGAAUCUUGUGGGUUGUUGAAUUGCACAUUUGUCCAGAAACAGAACAGUGGUAGAUUAAUUUUUUUUUAAAGUCCAGGCAGAUUCAUUUUAGCCGCAGUGAUGAACAACUCGUUUUGUGUUUCCUACCACUGUGUAACCACAAUGUAACUUAUUUUACAGUAUCCUUGUAGUCACAGAAGGAUGAAAGGCAUUGGAAGGCCAGAUUUCUGUAAUUGUGCAUCUUUGGCUGAGACAGAUUAACAGAAGCUGAAAGAUAAAUCCCUUGCUGGUUUCCAAAUUUAAUUUUUUUUAAAAAAAAGGACAUGAAUUCAAGUUGGUAAACAAUAGUAAAAUGAUUAAGUUAUUAACUUUCAGUUUAAUUAUUCACUAAGCCAGGAAUGAAUAUUGUAACUAUUGGUUUGGAUUUUUUUCUAGAUUUUUGAGAUUAAAAUGAGCUUUUCAAAUUCUUGGGCAACUUACAAAAAAUGUGCAAGGAAAAGAGCAAAAAUACUCUUGUGUAAGCUUUCUGAUUUUUUAAAAUAAUCUGUUCUUGCGCCUUUUGAUUUUAAAAAUAACAUUUAAGCACCUGGAGAGCACCCUUUUAGAAGUUAUUUUUGGGAAUAUAGUCCUCAACCAGCUUCGUACUGUCUUAGUUGAAUGUAAUUCUUUCCCUACAAAGAAAUGCUUUUUAAAAUAUUCUUCCCACACCACUAUCUCUACACCUCAUCAGCUGGAGGGAGAAGAAAAUGAUCAGUUAACCUUUUUUGUGAAAGGCCAGGGAUAGUGUUUAGUGAUAUUGAUGGCAAGUUGAAAUUUCUAACUUUGCUUGUUUCUAGACUCAUCUUGCCAACAGGCUAUUUUAAAGGUGCUUUUUAGUGUGUUUGUAGUGAAAUCACAUAAUGAAGGGAUAUUAGUUUCACCUUCUAGUACUUAACUAGUUUUACUGCUUCUACAAGAGGUUAAAUCGUGUGGAUUCUGUUCAUAAUUUGGGUAAGUAUUACAGUGGUAGUCAAAAAAUAUUUCUACACUGGAAAAUGUUUUCUUCAGCACCAUGUGUUGCUAACAUUUUUAAAAAGCAUGUCACAAAUUGUCAAUACUUUAAUGGAUGUUAUUAUAGUGAACUUAAGUCCGAAGUAUAAUAUUGAAUGUACAUUUUUUUUAAGAGUUUUCACAGUAGCUAAAUGUGAAACUAACAACCAAAGAGCUUGACAGAGUUCUGUUUUAAUGGAAGAGUAUGGUAUCACAAUGAGAGCUGGAUAUUCACAAUGCAAUGACUGAAAUUUGCAUGAACUAGACAGUAAGAGGGAAAUCAUUAGCAUUCUAAGGACGUUUGAAUUUUACUCGACUAUUUUUAUCAACAUGUUCUAAAGUCAAAAGCAGAUUUAAAAAAUUGUUUUCAAAUAUGAAACCAUAAUUGAUGGAAUGUCUAAUGCAGAUGUAAAUAUUCUGAGGUAAAACAAUGAUGGGUCCAGAAAGUUGCACCUUGAAGUUUCUCAGAUUUAUUCUUGGCACAUGAGAACCAUGUUGUAUUCCAAAUUUGACAAGUGUUUCUUGUGAAUGAAUUAUUGUAAUUUUAUGAAUGGUAAUACUUCCAUGUCUUAAUGUACAUCCAAAAAAUAACUUUA